AAUUUGACCGGUUCACAAUCCUGCCCCGGCAACCAAAACAUGGUUCGUUAAAAUCGAAGUGCUAAAAGACCCAAAUCGUCGAUUUUUCCAAUGUUUGUUUCUCUUGCUGCUCAGUUUCGCUUUUGACAUUACAUUUCUGGGUUCAAAUUUCAUCAAAUGGGUUCUGCUGCUGCUUCGAAUAUGGCGUUUUCCAUUACUGUAAUCAGCUCACCUUCUUCCGCAAAAUUAAAGCUUAAUGACACUUUUGCCUGCGCGUUCCAUAAAUUCAAACGAGGCCACUCCACCACCAAAAUCUGUGCCAUUUCUCCAAACGGCUCCGUUUCUGGUUCUGCUUCACAUGGGGCUGAGUGCUCAGCUGGAGAUGUGCAUAAACAAAGAAGCAGGCUUGAAUCUUUGUUUUGUUAUGAUAAGGCUAUUCCGGAGGAGAUAAUUGACAAGCCCAUAGGAAUAUCUUUGGUCGAAAAAUUCAUUGGAAACAAUCCUCGAUGCAUAGAUUGUGAAGCGAAAGGCGCCGUCCUCUGCACAACUUGCUCUGGUUCAGGCCUGUAUGUUGAUUCAAUAUUGGAGAGCCAGGGUGUUAUUGUUAAAGUGCGCUGCCUAGGUUGUGGGGGAACUGGCAACAUAAUGUGUUCAAAGUGUGGUGGCCGCGGUCAUUGUGGAUGACUUUACUGGUUUGCUUAUCUUCCUCCCUUCGAUUCAUUGCAAGUUACAUGUAUUACAGUCAUAUCUCAGACUAUUACUUUGUUUUUUUGUUCCAUAGUGCCAAUUCUAUGAAAAUUUACAUCGAAGCUCCACAGUAAUGUAUUUGAUUUGAUUCUAUUUAGCAUUAAUACUUUUAUAAAAUCUUGGCCUUCACAUGCUUUUUGACAAACGAGUCUUGUUGCUUUUUCCAGUCAUAUGUUGUACUAAAAAAGAAUAA